GCAGAACGACAGGAUGAGUCAAACGCAACCUCAAGACUCCCACAAGAAGAAGAACCCCAAAAAGAAAGCACAUCAAGAAUCAACGGAGAAAACAAAGCCCAAAGAAGUGACAACAACAAAUGUCAACCAAGAUCGACCAUCUACGAAGAGCACUCAGGAGUCUGAGAUACCAUUCUGGGACCCUACAGUGGAUGAAUGGGAACGACACAGUACCCACAAAGACCUAGGGGAAGAGUCUGAGAAGACCGACAAAGAAGACGAGGAACGGAAAGAAGGAAAAAAGAACAUCGGAGACAAUGCUUCAGACAGAGAAGACUUCCCCCCAAUCCGCGAAAAGGGACCAGCAGUGGUACGAAUGGCGAAAUGCGACAAGGCAAUGAUGAAAGCCCUAAUGAAAAUCUCUGCCGCAGCAGGAGGAGACGAUGAGAUAAUGAAUCAACUUGAUGUCAUCAUGUCUGAGUAUACCAAACUCAAAGCGAUCACCCUGGAGCUCAGCCACGAAAACAAGUACCAGGAAGGACGACUAAAGGAAAUGGAAGAGAAAACAAAGAUUGCUAAAACUUUCGCAGAGGUCACCAGAAUCAAUGCCGACGACACCCUCCCACAACCUCCAGUGGAGGACAGGAAGCAGACUUCGGCACUGAUUAUCACCUCCGAAUCUCUUCCAACAAGAAAGAUUGAGUCUGUCCUGAAAAGGAAAAUUGACCCAUCCAAGCUGGGACUGACAGAUGCGUCAAUGAGGCCAGGCAGAGACGGAGUGGUGGUCACAACGACCUCAAAAGGAGCACUGGAGAAGUUGAAAGAGGCCAUCCAAGGUGAUAGAGAGACACAAAAUCUUCAGUUCAGGAACCCAAAACCGAGAAGGAUUGAAAUGAAGGUGGUUGGCAUCGAUCCAGACACGGACAUCGAGGCCCUUACCAACCGGAUCGUCUCCCAGAACCACCUAGGAUGCAGUGAAGAAGACAUUGAACUACGCAGGCAUUGGGACGGCAAAAAUGGAAUCACAGCAAUUAUUGCCCUAAACAGGAAGGCAAUCUCGGCACUUGGUACCAGGAAGUCACUGAAUCUCAACUGGAAUAGAUGUCCUCUGUACGACAACAUCUUCAUUCCAAGAUGCACCAAGUGUUCAUCAUAUGGCCACUUGAAGAACGAAUGCCGAGAAUCGUCAAGAUGCUUCAACUGCGGAGGAGAAGACCACCAAGGCAACGACUGUGAAGAGGCAUCGAGUUGCCCAGCAUGCAUGGAAGACGGAUCUCCACCAGAAGAUGCCAAACAUUCGAUGAUGUCGUGGAGGUGUCCAGUCUACCUUGCGACCCUUGAGGCAGAAAAGACGAGACUAAUAACGCUCAUUGACUAGUGAAACCUUCCGUAGUAAUCAUGGCGUCACCUACAACACCUAACUCUACAUUUCUUACAACACAUGCACAAAUACAGAUUAGUAAGGAGUACAAGAACUCCUUUCACAUAAUUCAAGUUAACUUAGGUAGAGCAUAUAAAGCAAUCCAGUCACUACGCAACUAUUAUGAUGAAGAGGAACAUGAUAUCUCUAUAAUUCAGGAACCUUACGUUUUAGAUAACAAGAUAAUUGGCUUUCCCAUCAAACAUAGAAUUAUUUUGCACCCUGACAAACCUAAAGUAGCCAUUAUAAUCCAUAAUCCAGAAAUAGCAAUUUUCCCCAUAAUAAUUGAAGAUAAAGUUAUUGCAGCGAGAGUUGGCAGUCUUGAAAAAGAAAUUCUGAUCAUUAAUUGCUAUUGUCCACCUAAAGAAGACAUUAAACCAUUGUUACUGAAAUUGGACAGCCUAAUACAAAAACUUUCUUACCAAAACAUAAUGAUUAUGGGGGAUUUUAAUGCCAAAAACAACAUAUGGGGAAGCAGAAAUAACGACCAAAAAGGAGAAGACCUCCUAGAAAUGGUAAUUCGACAAAAUCUCCACAUAGUAAAUGACCCUAACUCACCACCAACUUUCAAAACUACACGUGCUAAAGGUUGGAUAGAUCUUACUAUAGUAAAUAAUGAACUGGCUCAAAAUAUUUCCGAAUGGGAAGUUCUUAAAACUUUCAAUAAUAGUGAUCACAGAUUUAUCAAAAUUGGCAUAUCAAACAUAAAAUCACAGCAAAAGAUGGGGCUAACACUUAAAGGAGAACAAAAACUGAUGGAAGAGAUGAUUAAAGAUACUUGGUUCGAAGAAGUGCAGGAAGCAAUGGCUACUGAGGAAGAUGUUAAAAAUAUCCUUAACACAUUCUAUCAAAAACUCACAUCUUUAGAGAAGAAAUAUACAAAGAAGAAAAACCCAUCGAAACAUCCAACUAAUGCUUGGUGGACAACAGAUCUUGAGAUAGAAAGAAAGAAAGUACGGGCUAUGCGUAGGAGAUAUCAAAGAGCGAAAGGGGAAUUAAGAAUAAAAUUCAAGAAAGAAUAUUACCAAGAACAUGAUGUUUAUAACAACAUGCUUGAAAACGCGAAGAACAAAAGCUGGGAUGGAUUAUGUACAAAAAUAACUAAAAAUCCUUUUUCUCUGCCGUAUAAGAUAGCGCGACAACAGCUCAAAAACAAAAUACUCCUUACCAGUGUUACCAAAGAGAAUGGCGAAAAUACUACAACACUUGAAGAAACCGUACAAUAUAUACUAGAACAAUUAUUUCCCACAAUUUCAUGUGACAGAGGAAAUUUGCACUGUGAUAACGGAAAUGCACACUCAACCGGAGAUGUGAGAGAAACCAGUACUCACGAAGAAAAUGAUACAUACAACAGUAACGUAUACGAUCAAUAUAUUGGAGAGGAUGCUGUGAGCAAUGACAAACCAUUUACACAAACUGAAGUGGACUGUAUUGUUAAAAAUCUAAGGACCAAUGUUGCCCCUGGACCCGAUAAUCUUAGAACUGUUUUUGUACAAAAACUAUACAAUAAGCAUAAGAAUUUCUUUCUCAAUCUAUUUAAUGCAUGUUUAAGAACAGGUUACUUUCCACAGGAAUGGAAACGGUCUAGAAUAAUCUUAAUACCCAAAGGGAAAACUACCAAGGCGGUUGGAGAAAACAAUUUUCGUCCUAUAGCAAUCAACUCUACUUUAGGUAAAAUUUUAGAGAAAUUAAUAAAAGAUAGAAUUUAUCACUUCUUGUAUGUUAAGAACCUUUUCCAUAGACACCAAUAUGGUUUUACACAUAGGACAUCGACCACACUUGCCUUAGAAGAAAUUAAGAAGAAGAUACAACAAGCGAAACUAGACGGUCUGAAUGCAUUAAUUAUUUCGCUAGAUAAUAAAAACGCCUUUAACUCUAUACAGUCAUCUUUUGUUACCCAGAAAUUAAAAGAAUACAACUGUCAUAAAAAUUUAAGUGUAAUAACAGAAGCCAUCCUAACAAACAGAGAAAUAACAUAUACAGAUGACAAUUUAUGUAUUACUAAAACAUUGAGAACAGGCUCACCACAAGGCUCCCCAUUAAGUCCACUAUAUUGGAAUAUAAUAAUAUCAGAGGUUUUAGAAAUAAAAACAUCUCCAGACGUUCAUAUUCAGGCAUUUGCUGAUGAUGUUAUUAUAAUAGUAAAAUUCAAAUCCAGAAACGAUGCGGAAAGUAAAGCAAACAAAACCCUUGCAAAAAUACACGAAUGGUCACAAACAAAAGGAAUAACAUUUAACCCAAAUAAAUCAUCAUUCAUGUUAAUUGGUAGAAAAUAUCGAAGUCAUCCCCCACAACUACUCUUGGGAAAUGAUAAAAUUAAAGAAGCUAAAGAGAUAAAAAUACUAGGAGUCAUUUUUGAUUCUCACUUCACUUUUCUUCCUCACCUAGAAUAUACCAAGCAAAAAGUGUAUGAUGUUACAUACAAAGUGGGAAGAAUAAUGGGUUUAACAAAAUAUAAUAAUCAACAGAGGUUGAGGAAAAUAUAUAAACAAGGAAUAGAAAGGAUGAUUGUUUACGGAUCACCCGUUUGGUACAGUCAUAAAUCAAUCAUUAUUAAGAAACUGAAAUCAAUUCAAAGAAUCCCCUUACUAAUGAUCUCAAAAACAUUUAGGACAACGUCUAAUCUAGCUUUAAAUAUACUCUGUGAUAUCCCUCCAAUUUACCUCACAAUAGAAAAAGAAAAGGAAGUUCACGAUAUUCUAUUCCAUGGGAAAAACUUUAUGUGGAACAAUGUUCCUUUUAGUUCAAACCAAAUAACAAAUAAAGUCGAUAACUGGCAAACACACCCAGCUGAAAAGAUAUUUUUUCCAUAUCAAACCGAAGCAAAAGAAUCAUCAGAUUACAAGGUGUAUACAGACGGGUCCAAAAUAGAAGAAAAAGUUGGGGCAGCUUUUCUCAUUAUGAAUACAAUGGGGAAGUUACUACACGUUGAACAAUAUAAGUUACCAGAAUACAGUAACAAUUUUGAGGCAGAAGCUAUUGCAGUACUCAAGGCUUUAGAAUACUUACAAAACACAAACAUUAAAGGAACAAUACAACUUUAUACAGACAGUCUUUCCACACUACAAGGGCUAAGAAACCCGCUAAAUAGCAACCCAAUAAUCCAAGAUAUCAAACACAAACUCUCAAAUAUGAAAGAAACGGAGUUAAAAUUAUAUUACAUAAAAGGUCAUAGUGGAGAUCAGGGAAAUACCUUGGCAGACGACUUCGCCAAGGAGGCAACAAAGAUAGGGGAGGAAGUUAACAUGCCAAUUACCAAAAGACUCAUCAAAAAGAAUGUUACCUUAACACUUAAAGAAAAAUGGAAUAGACUGUGGCAUGAAGAUGGUAAACUGAGUUAUGCAUACCAAUGGAUCAAAAAUGUAAACAACAUCCCGCGACAUUUCCCCACAAACUUUUACCUAUCGCAAGCAAUCACUGGUCAUGGGAGGUUUCCAUUUUACUUCGAAAGAUUUACACUGAAAUCAAACUGCAAUUGUGAAUGCGGAAGGGAAAGCCAAAGCUUUGACCACUAUUUAAAAGACUGUCAACUAGUAACCACAGAACGGGAAAAGUUAGAGAAGUUAUUAGGGAAAGAAUUAUAUAAACGCAAACCAGAAAUAAUAAAAGAAAAGAAUACGAUAGAAAUCUUGGAAGAAAUGGUAGCCAAGAUAAAUGAGAAAAUCUCCCAAGUGUAAAUACCUUAUUUUAAACUCAAUGACAAUAAUAAUAACAGAUGACUAACACCUACAUUAAGUGUAGGUAUAAAUAAGAACAACAAAAGACAUAACUCUCCAACCAUCUGAUGUAGUACGAGAGGCAAAAUGACCAUUGUGGAGGGGUUCUGUCCCCAGCCUACUCGUCUUCACCAAAUGGAUACUAACCUUACAUUGUAAACAAUUUUUCAAAACUUUACUAACGCAAAAGAUCAACUUGACCAUAGAAGAAGCAAGAUCUUCGACAACCAUCUCAAGUCAAGAUGGAACUUCCUACAAGUAAUAACACCUUGGAAGAAGCAACUUCAAGUACCUUUGUAAGUCAAGACGAAGAAAUCCUAUGUAAACCCUUUUUGAUUUAUUUUUGUUUUUGGUUAUUUCAAUAAAUGCCCGCUCCCUGGUCCGUUCCCUUGGCCGUGUUAGCUGAUGAUGAUGAUGUAGAUUUCCCCUUUUCCCCCUCCUUCAACUUUCCCACUCUCCUUCUCUAUUCUACCUUUCAUUCUUUUCCCUCUUUCCUAAAUACUUUAAAUAUACAAUCUCUUUCUUCCCCCUUUCCCCCUUUCCCAUUUCAUUUUCCACCUCCUGCGAUACUUUAGUGGUGCAGGGAGGCACUCUUAGCCUCAUCCACAUUCUGUCCCUAUCUGCUGUCGUAUUCUUUUCCUUUAUUAUUUCUGGUUUGCGUUUAUAUAUCUGCUACAAUAUAUACUAGAACAAUUAUUUCCCACAUUUUCAUGUGACAGAGGAGAUUUGCACUGUGAUAACGGAAAUGCACAUUCAACCGGAGAUGUGCGAGAAACCAGUACUCACGAAGAAAAUGACACACACAACAGUAACGUAUACGAUCAAUAUAUUGGAGAGGAUGCUAUGAGCAACGACAAACCAUUUACACAAACUGAAGUGGACUGUAUUGUUAAAAAUCUAAGAACCAAUGUUGCCCCUGGAUCCGAUAAUCUUAGAACUGUUUUUGUACAAAAACUAUACAAUAAUCAUAAGAAUUUCUUUCUCAAUCUAUUUAAUGCAUGUUUAAGAACAGGUUACUUUCCACAGGAAUGGAAACGGUCUAGAAUAAUCUUAAUACCCAAAGGGAAAACUACCAAGGCGGUUGGAGAAAACAAUUUUCGUCCUAUAGCAAUCAACUCUACUUUAGGUAAAAUUUUAGAGAAAUUAUUAAAAGAUAGAAUUUAUCAUUUCUUGUAUGUUAAGAACCUUUUCCAUAGACACCAAUAUGGUUUUACGCAUAGGACAUCGACCACACUUGCUUUAGAAGAAAUUAAGAAGAAGAUACAACAAGCGAAACUAGACGGUCUGAAUGCAUUAAUUAUUUCGCUAGAUAUUAAAAACGCCUUUAACUCUAUACAGUCAUCUUUUGUUACGCAGAAAUUAAAUUUUUAUGACAGUUGUAUUCUUUUAAUUGUAAUAACAGAAGCCAUCCUAACAAACAGAGAAAUAACAUAUACAGAUGACAAUUUAUGUAUUACUAAAACAUUGAGAACAGGCUCACCAAAAGGCUCCCCAUUAAGUCCACUAUAUUGGAAUAUAAUAAUAUCAGAGGUUUUAGAAAUAAAAACAUCUCCAGACGUUCAUAUUCAGGCAUUUGCUGAUGAUGUUAUUAUAAUAGUAAAAUUCAAAUCCAGAAACGAUGCGGAAAGUAAAGCAAACAAAACCCUUGCAAAAAUACACGAAUGGUCACAAACAAAAGGAAUAACAUUUAACCCAAAUAAAUCAUCCUUCAUGUUAAUUGGUAGAAAAUAUAGAAGUCAUCCCCCACAACUACUCUUGGGAAAUGAUAAAAUUAAAGAAGCUAAAGAAAUAAAAAUACUAGGAGUCAUUUUUGAUUCUCACUUCACUUUUCUUCCUCACCUAGAAUAUACCAAGCAAAAAGUGUAUGAUGUUACAUACAAAGUGGGAAGAAUCAUGUGUUUAACAAAAUAUAAUAAUCAACAGAGGUUGAGGAAAAUAUAUAAACAAGGAAUAGAAAGGAUGAUUGUUUACGGAUCACCCGUUUGGUACAGUCAUAAAUCAAUCAUUAUUAAGAAACUGAAAUCAAUUCAAAGAAUCCCCUUACUAAUGAUCUGAAAAACAUUUAGGACAACGUCUAAUCUAGCUUUAAAUAUACUCUGUGAUAUCCCUCCAAUUUACCUCACAAUAGAAAAAGAAAAGGAAGUUCACGAUAUUCUAUUCCAUGGGAAAAACUUUAUGUGGAAAAAUGUUCCUUUUUGUUCAAACCAAAUAACACAUAAAGUCGAUAACUGGCAAACACACCCAGCUGAAAAGAUAUUUUUUCCAUAUCAAACCGAAGCAAAAGAAUCAUCAGAUUACAAGGUCUAUACAGACGGGUCCAAAAUGGAAGAAAAAGUUGGGGCAGCUUUUCUUAUUAUGAAUACAAUGGGGAAAUUACUACACGUUGAACAAUAUAAGUUACCAGAAUACAGUAACAAUUUUGAGGCAGAAGCCAUUGCAGUACUCAAGGCUUUAGAAUACUUACAAAACACAAACAUUAAAGGAACAGUACAACUUCAUACAGACAGUCUUUCCACACUACAAGGGCUAAGAAACCCGCUAAAUAGCAACCCAAUAAUCCAGGAUAUCAAACACAAACUCUCAAAUAUGAAAGAAACGGAGUUAAAAUUGUAUUACAUAAAAGGUCAUAGUGGAGAUCAGGGAAACACCUUGGCAGACGACUUCGCCAAGGAGGCAACAAAGAUAGGAGAGGAAGUUAACAUGCCAAUUACCAAAAGACUCAUAAAAAAGAAUGUUACCUUAACACUUAAAGAAAAAUGGAAUAGACUGUGGAAUGAAGAUGGUAAACUGAGUUAUGCAUACUAAUGGAUCAAAAAUGUAAACAACAUCCCGCGACAUUUCCACACAAACUUUUACCUAUCGCAAGCAAUCACUGGUCAUGGGAGGUUUCCAUUUUACUUCCAAAGAUUUACACUGAAAUCAAAUUGCAAUUGUGAAUGCGGAAGGGAAAGCCAAAGCUUUGAUCACUAUUUAAAAGACUGUCAACUAGUAACCACAGAACGGCAAAAGUUAGAGAAGCUAUUAGGGAAAGAAUUAUAUAAACGCAAACCAGAAAUAAUAAAAGAAAAGAAUACAACAGAAAUCUUGGAAGAAAUGGUAGCCAAGAUAAAUGAGAAAAUCUCCCAAGUGUAAAUACCUUAUUUUAAACUCAACGACAAAAAUCUUGGAAGAAAUGGUACCUAAGAUAAAUGAGAAAAUCUCCCAAGUGUAAAUACCUUAUUUUAAACUCAACGACAAUAAUAAUAACAGAUGAUUAACACCUACAUUAAGUGUAGGUAUAAAUAAGAACAACAAAACACAUAAAUCUCUGCAACCAUCUGAUGUAGUACGAGAGGCAAAAUGACCAUUGUGGAGGGGUUCUGUCCCCAGCCUACUCGUCUUCACCAAAUGGAUACUAACCUUACAUUGUAAACAAUUUUCAAAACUUUACUAACACAAAAGAUCAACUUGACCAUAGAAGAAGCAAGAUCUUCGACAACCAUCUCAAGUCAAGAUGGAACUACCUACAAGUAAUAACACCUUGGAAGAAGCAACUUCAAGCAACUUUGUAAGUCAAGACGAAGAAAUCCUAUGUAAACCCCUUUUGAUUUAUUUUUGUUUUUGGUUAUUUCAAUAAAUGCCCGCUCCCUGGUCCGUUCCCUUGGCCGUGGUCGCUGAUGAUGAUGAUGUAGAUUUCCCCUCUUCCCCUCCCUCAACUUUCCCACUCUCCUUCUCUAUUCUACCUUUCAUUCUUCUUUUCCCUCUUUUCUAAAUACUUUCAAUAUCCAAUCUCUUUCUUCCCCCUUUCCCCUUGCCCAUUUCAUUUUCCACCUCCUGCGAUACUUUAGUGGUGCAGGGAGGCACUCUUAGCCUCAUCCACAUUCUGUCCCUAUCUGCUAGGGGGCCAGGCGAGCGGACGUGCGGUCACAAGGCUCCUGCUUUUGUCGAGCAAAAACGUGAGUAAAUCCUGUUCCCACCACUUUAAAAGUAUCGAGAAAGCUUCGCUAACAUCUCAGGAGCAUAGACAUAGCAAAAUUAUGAAGACAGGAUCCAUAUUUUUGAAUAACGAGAAGUU